AUGGCCGACGAAGGGAUCGCAAACCGCUACCAGGUGCUGGAGGAACUCGGCCCUUCGGCGUUGUUUACAAGGGCAUUGACAAGGCCACGGGGGAGACGGUCGCCAUCAAGCACCGAAGACGACAUCCAGGAAAUCCAGCAAGAGAUCUCGGUGCUCAGCACAUGCGCCAGCAGCUAUGUCACCCAAUACAAAGCCAGCUUCCUGCGCGGACACAAGCUAUGGAUCGUCAUGGAGUACCUAGGCGGCGGAUCCUGCCUCGACCUGCUCAAGUCAGGCAUCUUCAACGAGGUGCAAAUCGCCAUCAUCUGUCGCGAACUACUUCUCGGUCUCGAAUACCUGCACUCCGAGGGAAAAAUACAUCGCGACAUCAAGGCCGCAAAUGUGCUGUUGUCGGAGACGGGCAGGGUGAAGCUGGCCGAUUUUGGUGUCGCUGCACAGCUGACCUACAUGAAGUCGCAACGGAAUACCUUCGUCGGAACGCCCUUCUGGAUGGCCCCGGAAGUAAUCCAACAGGCCGGUUACGACUUCAAAGCCGACCUUUGGUCGCUGGGUAUCACCGCCAUCGAAUUGGCCCUCGGCGAGCCUCCACACGCGAGCCUCCACCCCAUGAAGGUCCUUUUUCAUAUCCCGAAGAAUGCGCCGCCACGACUUGAGGGCAAGUUCAGCAAGGAGUUCAAAGACUUUGUCGCCCAAUGCCUAGUCAAGGACCCCGAUUUCCGGCCGACUGCAAAAGAACUUUUGAAACAUCGCUUCAUCCGAUCGGCCGGCAAGGUGGAAGCCCUGCAGGAGCUGAUCCAACGCAAGCGGAUGGCCGACGUCAGGGUGGACCAUGUGAAGCACCCGGUGUACUACCAGGAAACGCUUCAUAGCAUCUCCCCCAAGGACGACGCCGAUGAGUGGGUCUUCGACACGGUGAAAUCAAUCGUACCAAGACGGGGCACCGUUCGCUCUAGGAAACCAUCGUCCGCGUUCUCCGUCGACGAUGCGAUGCGCAAGCUGGAUCUCAAGGACGGGCCUCUCCAACCUAACACGCCUGGGACAGUCCGGAAGUCGACGAUGCGGCGGCAGCCGUCUUCGGCCUCGCGCCAAAACGCCCGCCGGGACUCGAUUCGUCGCCGAAUGUCCAACGGAUCCCCACGAUCAUCCCUUGGACCGAAGCGCCCGCUGCAGCCCGACACGUCGUUCGGCAACUCCGGGUCUACCAUGCGCCUCUUCCGGCGCGUACCGUCAGACGGCUCCAACCCAAGCGGCGUCGACCCUUCCCCUCGCGAGUUCGCCAACGAGAACCAACCCCCACCCACCUACCACGCACCGGUCGAGCCAAACAGCAAAGAAGCCAUGCUCGGCCGCCGCUUGUAUAACAAGGCCCUCGAACCCUGCCUUGACGAGCUGCACGCGCAGACAGCCACCUCCACCAAGCGCGAGGCCCUCGCCCGCCUCUCCGACGCCUUCGCUCUCCUCGACGCAGUCGACCCCGAAGGCGCCUACCACCUGCUCCGCAACCUAGUCUCGACCGUCUCCCACGACACCAAGCUCAGCAACACCUUCCUCCCUCAACAGCAGCACCAACAACACCACCAACAACAACAACCAAAGUCGCAGCCCCCGGCGCAGGACGGCACCGUGCUCAUCAAAUCCCGCCCCUCCACCGCCACCACCCUGGCCGGCACCCCGCCCGCCUCGGCCGCCGGCAGCCCCUCCAAGCUCAUCAUCAGCCAGGAGAACCCCCACCUCAUGAGCCACCGCCGCCGCCGCGGGAGCAUGCUCCCCCAGCCUACGUCGCCGACCUCUUCCUUUGCGGAGGCGGGUCGGUUUCCGCCGGCUGGGCGGGAGAGAGGGGGGGAGAGGGAGAGGGGUGGUGAUAGGGAGAGAGAGCGGGAACGGGAACGGGAGAGGGAGAGGGAGAGGGAGAGGGAGAGGGAAAGGGAGAGAGAAAAAGAGAGGGAGCGGGUGGCCGCGCUCGCACUCGAAGCGCGGUUUCCCGGUCGUGCGGCCGUGCCGGGCAUGGAGCACUGCAAGGCGCUUUCCGAUCUGCUGUAUGCGCGCUGGACGGAUGGGUUGAGGGCGCGGUGGGGGAUUGUGGGCGGCGCUUGAUCUAGCGUGUCAGUUCCUUGGCCCCCAGGAAGGUUAUAG